CGAUGGGAUAAAUGGGCGGUGCUCUUCCCACUUUAUAACUCUGUUCAGCGCGUCUGCUGAGCUUUUCCCCUGCCGGGCUUAACCCUCCACACAGCGCCGAGGUGCUCAGCAGUGCUCCGUACCGUUUCUGUUCGCCAGGUGGACGAAGGCGCUUUCCCUGCUUUAAUGGCUCUCUAACACAGCGGACUGCGAACUGGUGACUUCUGUCGGGAAAAGAUAGUUUCUUCUUCUGGCUCUCGGUCUACCGGCCGGACUGAGACAUGGCUACGUUAACGUGUCGUGUCCAGUAUCUUGAGGAUACGGACCCGUUCGUGUGUACAAACUUCCCCGAGCCCAGGAGACCUCUUCAGUACGAGUUCAACGAAAACCUGCCUUUGAACGAGCAGAUAGCCGGAGUUCAUAAGCUGCUCCAGGCGCCUCUGAAGUUAGAAGAAUGUGCACUGCAGGUUGCUCCUAAUGGAAACUACCUGGAUCUUGAGUCCUCACUCGCAGAGCAGAGGGAUGAACUGGAGCAGUUCUAUGAAGAUCUCGCCAUAGGCAAAAAGCCCAUCUUGAUCCUCCGUACCCAGCUGUCCGUGCGUGUCCACUCCAUCCUAGAAAAGCUGUAUAACUCCCAAGGGCCUGAGCUCCGUCGUUCACUCUUCUCCUUAAAGCAGCUCUUUCAGGAUGAUAAGGACCUGGUGCCAGAGUUUGUGAACUCUGAUGGCCUGACCUGCUUUAUAAAAGUGGGCGCAGAGGCGGACCACAACUACCAAAACUACAUCCUCAGAGCUCUCAGCCAAAUCAUGUUGUUCGUGGACGGCAUGAACGGAGUCAUAAACCAUAAUGAGAUGGUGCAGUGGCUCUACACCCUUAGCGGCAGCAUGUCUCGGCUGGUGGUAAAGACUGCUCUGAAGCUGCUAAUAGUGUUUGUUGAAUACACAGAGUCUAACGGUCCUCUGCUAAUUCAAGCUGUAAACACAGUGGAUAGCAAAAGAGGGGUCAAAUCCUGGUCAUACUUGAUUGAUAUGCUGGAAGAGAAGGAUGGAAGUGAUACAGAGCUCCUGGUCUACACUAUGACCCUUGUUAACAAGACUCUAGCAGCUCUGCCUGAUCAGGAUUCAUUCUAUGAUGUGACAGACUGUCUGGAGCAGCAGGGAAUGGAGCGCAUCAUGCAGAAGCACAUGAGCAGCCGAGGCACUGACCCUGACCUCAAGCAGCAGUUCACUAUAUAUGAGAACGCUCUGAAGUAUGAGGACGGGGAGAUGGAUGAAGCGUCUCCUCAUAUCCGUAAGGAGCGGAGAAAAGUCGCCAGUAGUGAGCAGGAGGGCAGGAGGAGCCGGCGGUCCUCAGCACAGAACCUUCCAGAUGGUCCACUCUCUUCUUUUGUGCCUGCUUCUUCAUCCUCAUCUGUCACCUCUCAGAGUCUUACUACAGGCACCACCUCUCCUUUGCCCUCAGACAGUCCAUCCACUCCUGUACCCCCUGUUUUUAUUACCCCUGAACCUUCCAGUCCUUCCUCCACUUCCUCUGAGACCCCCUCUCAGAGCUCUUCCCCUGUACUACCCCCUGUUGUGAGCAAUGGAAAUGCAGCCAAUGACCUGGAGCAGCGCCUGGGGCGCUCUUUCAUGAGUCAGUACAUGGCAAAUAUGGGGAUUUCUAGGCGGAGGUUAAAAAAGGCGGGGUCCAUUAUGGAGGAGCCCUCCACCCCCUCCAAAAGCACAUCUCCCACGACGGCGCCUCCUCAGGAGAAGCAGACCGCGCCGGAGCAGCAGAACCACACCGAGGCAAAAGGAGGCUUUAAACUGGACGCAGCAGACUCUGUUUGCUCUGAGGAAUGUAGUGUGAAUAGGGACCUCCCUGUUCUGAGGAACUAUGCAGACGCAUUUCUGCGCAGUCUGGCAGCGAAGCAGCGAGAGAAGAGCAGGCCGCAGCUUACAAAGCAGCAUACAUCUCAGAGGGAGAGUGUGUCUCCUGACCCAGACGUCUGCUCUCAGUCUACUGAAACAGUGCAGCCAGCCUCAGAAGUGACGGGUCACAGCGGUGGUCCGGAGCCCCAGUCUCCAGAGGGAGACUCCAGCAGGGACAGCCCCUCCCUAAGCACACUGGAGCAGCCUGGAGAAUUCCACACAAUCCAGCAGAAUGAAACAGGGGGCAGCGUGCAGCGUCAGGGCAGCCACAGCACCCUCUCCAACGAUAGGAAGUUCAUGCUGGACAUGCUUUAUGCUAAGUCCUCCACCACCAGCAACACCAGCGGCAUAUCACCGCCCCUAAAAAGCCCCGGCCCGGAGGACUCUUUUGGGGGCAGUUCUGGGUCGGAGGACUCAAGCAUCUCCAGCCUUGUAGGCCGUCUGUCCAACCUGCGCUCGUGCGCCACCCAGUCCAGUGAGGACGCAUCCCGGCGGGCGGAGCUGGAGGGGCUAGAGGGCACUGCUCAAGCAGCACGAGCCAGGCUGGCGGAGGAGCAAAGGCACCGGCAGGUGCGACCACAAUAUAGUAUUGACGCUGAGACGCAUUCACGCAGCCUGGAGAAGACCAUGAUGACCCCACUGUCCCGGAACAGCCAGGAUGCAUGGGAUCAGCUUCAUCCCAGGUCCAGAGCCCUGCGCAUCAAAGACCUGGACUUCUCCGACCUGCUGGAAGAAGAGGACAUUGACGUGCUGGACGUAGAUGCUUUUGACACAGGAAUGGUCAAUGGCAUCCCGCCACCUCCACCACCAGGAGGACGACUAGGAUCCCUUCCUCCUCCCCCACCUCCUCCUCCUGUACCAGCAGGAAUGUCUCCUCCCCCACCUCCUCCUCCACCUCCUCCUGUUCCUGGAGGUCUUGGUGGACCACCCCCUCCUCCUCCCCCAGGUGUGCCUCCUCCAUCUCCCGCUCAGGCCCCAGACCCAGCCUUCGUCAAGAAAUGUAAAACAGUCAAGCUUUUCUGGAAGGAGCUCAAGCAGCCAGACAGCCCCAGGAAGUGCAAGUUUGGGCGGGGCACCGUGUGGGCGUCGCUGGACAAGGUUACCGUGGAUACAGGCAAACUGGAGCACUUGUUUGAGUCCAAGGCGAAGGAUCUUCCUGUUGCAAAGAAAGGUCCGGAGGUGAAGAGGCCGGAAAUUGUUGUUCUUGAUCCUAAGAGGAGCAAUGCCAUCAACAUCGGCAUGACUGUUUUACCUGCUGUGCAUGUCAUCAAAACUGCAAUCCUCAACUUUGAUGAAUUUGCCAUCAGUAAAGAGGGGAUUGAGAAAAUCUUGACUAUGACUCCUACAGAAGAGGAGAAGCAGAAGAUCCAGGAGGCACAGCUGGCAAAUCCGGACAUGCCACUGGGUACAGCGGAGCAGUUCCUGCUCACUCUGUCUUCUAUCAGUGGCCUCACAGCACGCCUGCAGCUCUGGGCCUUUAAACUCAACUAUGAGAGCCUAGAGAAGGAGAUAGCCGAGCCCCUUUUCGACCUGAAGCUUGGUAUGGAGCAGCUUGCCAAGAACAAAACCUUCAAGCGUAUCCUAGCAACCCUGCUGGCCAUUGGCAACUUUCUCAACAGCUCCAGCGCUAAGGGGUUUGAGCUGAGUUACCUGGAGAAGGUAACUGAGGUGAAGGAUACAGUACACAGACAGUCUCUGCUGCAUCACUGCUGUCACUUCGUGGUGGAAAAUUUCCCUGACACAACAGAUGUCUACUCAGAAAUCUCUGCCAUCACCAGAUCUGCCAAAGUGGACUUUGAGCAGUUGUCUGACAACCUGGUUCAGCUGGAGAGGAAGUGUAAGACGUCAUGGGACAACCUCAAGGUGAUGGCCAAGCAUGAGACAAAACUUCAGCUGAAGAACAAAAUGACAGAAUUCCUCAAAGACUGCACAGAGAGAAUUAUCAUUCUCAAAGUGGUGCACAGGCGCAUUAUUAACAGAUUUCACUCAUUCCUUUUGUACUUGGGUCAGCCUUCAUACUCAGUCCGGGACACUAAAAUCACCCAGUUCUGUAAGAUCAUCAGCGAAUUCUCUCUGGAGUACCGUACCACCAGAGAGAGAGUCCUCACCCAGAAACGCAAGCGUGCGGCCCACCGAGAGCGUACCAAGACCCGUGGCAAAAUGAUCACUGAGACUGAGAAAUUCUCUGGAGCUGUCCCGUCCAUCUCUCAGGAAAGCCCCUCCCCUGUCUCCACGACAACAGAAGCCGAGCCAGCCCAAGAGGAACAUGAGAACAUGAAGAACCUUCUUAUCGCUAAUGACGACCGCAGCAAACUGCGCAGAUCCCGUGCUGUACGAAAGCUGGUGUCAGCUGCCUCUGCUACUACUCCCACUUCACCUAUCCAGGAUUCUAAUGAUGAAGAGAGGUCUAAUAAUUCUGAGAGUUUGCCUACUUCACCAUCCGGGUACUCAGCAACACAGGGCUUAAGUGAUGAAGGUGUAGGACAAGUUUGUCCAUCACCGUCUACAGGCAAAGAGGACAUUGCAAAUUUGCAAGAUGAUGCCACAGAUGAGAUCAUGGAUCGGCUUGUCAAGUCUGUUACCCAGAAUCCCUCUGAGAGGGCGUCUAGCCCUAAAGAGAGGAAAAGAUCACGGCUAAACCGGAAAUCACUGAGAAGGACACUUAAGAGUGGACUGAGUGUGGAUGUGGUGCAGGCACUGGGUCUCAACAAGGCUACAGAGAAAGUCUGAGACUGGAGUAACAGAUCAAGGGUCAACUGAAUCAGCUGUAAGGAUGGAAGAAUCCAAGACGAAAUUUAGACAACCCUGAGAACGAACUGAGCUGUUCUCCCAGUGAAGACUGUUUCUUAGUCAUCUGCUGCAGACGCACUUCAGCUUCCUGUCUGAGUGAUGGAACUUUUAUCUACAAGAACUGAAUGCAAAACGCUAAACUUCUCUAUUAUCAGAUACUGUAAAAGACUCCUGACAGGCAAGCACAUAUGAUUUAGUGUUUUAAUUGGUACAUUUGAGUAUUAAAGUAUUAAACACCAGACAAGCUCUAUUAAUGUAAUAUAUAUGAUCCAACAAUUAUGUAAGUUUUAGCAGAAACACUUUGUACAGGUGCAAGUUCUUUUUUUAUAAAUUAAGAACAUUUUCUUAUGUAGCACAUGCGCAUAUUCAAAAAGGAGCAAAACUCAAUUGGUCAAAGUUUGGCUUUGUAUAGAUUUUGAAUAUAGGGGAAUAUUCAGUAUGGGCACACGUUUGUUAAAGUUACUGUUUUACUCUGAUCUAGGGUCAGUUCAGCUUCUGAAAUGAAUGUUUAACAGAAAAGGAGGGAAAAACAUUUUUUGGUAUCUUUAGAUUUGCAGUGGAGCUUCAGCUGCUAGUGUAGCUAAACAUAAUGGAAGUCUGUGUCACCCAAUGUCUUUGUACCAAAGCAAGUCUUUUUGGAUGACCUAGGCUGUCUUCACAGAAUUAAAGAUGCAAACUUCAGACACAAUUUUAUUUUUUCCUGAACUGUCCCUUUUAAUAUUACUGUCUCAGCUAAAAAAAAAAAAAGCUGAUGUGGUCAGUGUAAAGCAGUAACACUGGGCAAAACUCUCAAACAGGUCAGCUGUAUCAUCCUCACUCACAAGGAGAUCUUGAUUAGGGGGGAUAUAAACUAGGUCACGUUCAUUUGCGGUGUUCUGGUUUUGUUUUUUUUUUUCACUUUUAUUAUUUAUCUCAACACUUUCUCGGUAGGUUUGUGGAUGCUUCAAUGUCGGCUAGGGGUGGGGCAGUUGCAGGCUCAUGUUUGGGCUCUAUUGAACCAAAACACAACUAGAUGCUGAGAGUCUUAAUUUCAGGUCUAAUCCAAUGGUUGCUUUGACCUAGUUAACAGGUUUUGCUUUGUUUUUCCUUUCUCUCUGAAGAGCCACUGUGAUUUUUCUGUUACAACUGUUCAGUUCAUUAGUUAACUUUAGCACUAUAAAAUACACAUCACAUUGGAAAUUCUUACAGUUAGAGUAUUUUUUUUUAUUAUUUUUUGAAGGAUUUUAUGGCUACUGCAUGUUUUGCACAUAAAGCUGUAGCCUGUAGGGGUUAUUUAGCUGGCUGCACUCCCACUCACUCUUUUGGAAUUCUUUGUGUGGUAUUGUUUUGUGCUCCUAAACCCUGUAAUGCAUAGCGCAUGUGUUUUCAUCCUGAAUGUAUCACUAAAGGUGUGCUCCACUGUUAAGAGAUUCCUGCUCUUACCAUUGUUGGCACAUAUACAAUACGUUUUAAUGCAAACAGCAGACAGUAUGCACAGUAUUUUUAUCCCGACAUGUUUGUAUGUAUGACCUUCAGAAAAGUUUCUGGAGUUCUUUUUCUUUGAAGUAAAGUAUUUUAACAAAGUC